AUGGAAAAAGGAAUAGAAUUUUGAAGUGGUAAUCCUUCAGUUGAUAUCUUAAAAGGAAAUAUUGCAUUAUCUGAUACAGAAACCCCAAUACUUCUUAUGGUAGAUAUCCCUACAUCUUUAAUUCUUGUAGAUUUAUAUGUAUUCCUCUCAGCAUCUUUACCACAAAUAAAAGAAAUUCGUGUACUCAAAGGACCAACUUCUAAACACUAUCUGUGUGCAAUUUUAACUGAUUCUGACGUCUCUGCUAAAGAAAUUUUUCAAGCUUACUCUGGGGUAAAAUUUAACUCAAUAGAAGACCAUAUCUGCCAAUUGCUGUUUGUUCAAUCAAUUGAUAUUUCUGGCUCAGAUUCAAACUUAUUUAUAAACCACUCAGAUCAUUGCCCAAUUUGUCUAGAAGAUAUUGAUGUUCCAGCGAUUACCGUACUUUGCGGGCAUUCUUUUCAUAUAAAAUGCCUUGAAAAGCUAAAUCACUCUACGUGUCCUGUAUGCAGAUAUCAUUUAUCGCCUCCUGACAAGAGCCAAUGCGAUACAUGUGGUGAAGAAGAAAAUGUUACUAUGUGUCUUAUCUGUGGAGAGCUUGGAUGUAAGUAUCAUUCAGAGGAGCACUAUGAAACUGUAGGGCACACUUAUUUUCAGGACAUAGAAACCAAGACUACUUGAGACUACUCAAGAGGGAUCCCUAUACAUAGACUCGUCAGCUCUGGGGAUAAAAUUGUAGAAGUUGCAAGUCCUGGAGAACAUCAAAGUAAAAAGGCUGAAAAUUUGGUUUUUGAGUAUAAUUGUUUGCUUUCAAGCUUAUUAGAGACUCAAAGAGAAUAUUAUAACGAGAGAUUAAAAGAAUUAGAUACCACACUCGAUUCUUCUUUAAUUGAACUCUUAAGAAAUAUUCAAAAAGAAAACCGAGAAUUAAGUGAAAAAUGCAGAGCCCAAGAAAGUCUUGAAAAAGAGAUCGAAAGUAUAGGGAAAAUUAUUAAAAGAGAAAACGAGCGCGCAGAAGAAUUAGCAAAAGAAAAUCAAGAAUUAGCGAAAUUAGAAAAGGGAAGAACUGUAUUUAAAUGCACUAAAGAAGUCAAAGAUGAAAUUGAAGAUCUUGAAGGAAGAAUAAAAGAUAUGCAAUUUUAUGUAAAAGCUCAAAGGAAGUUAGAAGGAGAGAAAAUUGAUAGUAUAGAAAUAAGAGAAAAGAAAUAA